GAGGAGGUGGUGGCGGUGAUGCUGGGAAGAGAGGGAAAAAGAAAGAGAGAGCGAAACCCGUUAAGGCGGUACGAGUAACGUGUCGGUAGAAGUUCUUGCGAUUGAUAGAGGGACUAAGAGAGAGGGACAGAGCGAGGCCGACGAAGGUAAUCGGUAGCAUCAACCUGCGUGCUUGAACAAAACCGAUUAAAGACGAGCAAGCGAGCGAGCAACGAUCCUCUCGCCUCCUAUGUCGCUAAUGCCGUCGUUCUAGCGGAUACCGAAUUGUCGCGGCCGAUCCUCGUCCAGGAUCGUUCGCGGUUGCGACGAGUACCCUCGGCGAGAUACCACCGGGCAACAGGAAGUCGACGGCGGCGAUCCGGUCUCUCGUUUGCAUUCAGGAUCCAUCGAACGUCGCCUCGAUGCUACCUCGUAAACCAAUUCCGUGGUUUCCUAUUUUCGCAAACAAGCCGUUCUGACUGGCGCGAUCCGAUUCGCGUUGACCACGGGACACCGUGCGAGCGGUUGUCGUCGGUUAAUCGGACGGGGACGAUCGGGUUAGUCGCGAUCGGAGGGGCUGCCGAGGCGGUCAGUGCAAUAAUGCGAGAGUACCGAAAACGCUGUACAUGGACGGUAACAGCGGACCAGCUGCCGCAUCAUCGUCGCCUACCGGGAACCGUCCAAGAACAGUGUCUCGACGCGGCACGAAACUAACCGAGGAUGAGGUGGACUCCCAUUGUAGAGCAUAGUCUCCUCCUUACCAGCGACGGCCUGCACGACCAAUCGAAGAAUCGCGUGCCGUGGUUUUGAUUCAUCGGCGAACGCGUGGACGCGACCAGCGAGACAAGAUCGAAAUCAUCGGAAGGGACGCGCGACCACGGCGACGACGAAAACAAGGACGAGGAAAAAGAAGAGGAAGAGGAGGAAGUGGAACGAGCUAGCCGAGGAACGAGCAACGCGAACGUCGGCCGAGGAAAGUGUACGAGAUAUUAAGGAACCAACAAGAAGAGAACGGUGCCGUGUAGAUCGGAAGGAGGGCUCGGAAAGGAGUGUGGAUGAGACCGUCAUGCCCGCUGAGAUCGACACGGGCGGGCCAAGGGUGCUGCACUGUGAUUACCGUGCCGUCUGCCCGAUACCGAUCGUAACCUUAGCUUCCGCCGAGUCUUCCCUGCGCCGCGAAAAUAGACCCGUUCGACCGUCCAUCGUACGCCGACUACCGCCGAUCAAUCCGACCGAGGAUGGACCCGUGAACUGCCGGCUUCAUCGUUGCUCCGGCUUCAUCCCCCGACGAGUCCCCUCCGGAUUCAGAGGGUCCCGAGAGACCGUGCAGUCCCGCAGCAGGCUCGGCGAGCCUCCUAAGAAGGCCAACGAGCCGGAAGCUUGCGAUCCCAAAGACCUUCGGCGGAAUGUUUCCUGUCCGGAACAGUUGGAGCGCCGGUUGCGCGACAUCGCCACCACCACCACCACCACCAUCGCCGUCGCCGUCGCCGUCGACGAGCUCCAGGGGCACAGGAACGUGUCCCCGGUGAAGGACACGAGGUCGAGCCGGAGAUAUCCAAGGGGUCCGUCGAGGACACGCGACAACGAUGUCGGGGAUUCGCGGGACGGGGAACGAGGGUGCCACUGCUGCUCGAAACGCGACUUCUCGGCCGAGAACUGGCCGCAGGUUCGGGCCGCGGAUUCUGCCCGAAUAGGGGAAUCGCUGUUCUCUAGUCAGUCGAACGAGCCUCGGGCUUGGACGGGCCGGACCUAUGAAAAGCUCGUCUCGACCGGCACGCUUCCGUCCUUGGCUCCCGAAGAGAGGAACGCGCGGGAGGAGGAAGAAGAAGAAGAAGAAGAAGCGGACGGUACGAAUUCCUGGAGACGCGUGUCGCGCGUACCCAAGGUCGAGCAGACCGAUCGCCAAGACCUCGGGGACGAGCAAGAGCCCGCGAGGUGUUCCCGGGCCAGAACGAGGAGGAAGAAGAAGAAGAAGAAGAGACGCGAGUGCACGAACAUCCGGUCCUCGUGCUUUCAGUUGGCCUUUCUCCUGUUCCUCGUCACGUUCGGCCAGUGCGGUCUUCGUAAAUCGAGUGUGUUCAACGGCAGUGCGAAAACGAGCAGCACCGGAUUGAGUGUCCUGGCGAUCGGCACGGUUAUUAGUGCAGUGAGUGCCGCGCCGGUUGAUUUAAUGGGUGACACCGGCGUCAGAGCUGAACGAUCGGCCAAUUUGUCGCACAUUACCGGCGCGUCUCGAAAAAUCCAGAUGUAUAUCAAGAAUCGGCAUCUUCAGAUCUUGCCGGACGGCACGGUCAACGGAUCCAACGACCACACGUCCGACUACACGAUAUUUCAAAGAACGUCCGUAUCCAGAGGUCAAUUGAGGAUCCAAGGUGUGGCGACGUGCCUGUACCUGUGCAUGGAUUCCUGUGGUCUUCUUUACGGCUCGCGCGAGUACACGGACGACUGCGUGUUCAACGAGACCCUCGAGCAGCACAACUACAACACGUACAGCUCGGCGAAAUGGUCGACGACGAAGAAGACAUUGUACCUCGGUCUGAACCGUCACGGCCAGCCGCGCAGGGUACAGGCGAAAGGUCACAACCUGGGCAGGCUGUCCGCCUACGCGAGGGUUCUGACCCAGGUGGCCUCGUUGGAGCGGGUCGAGGCGCUUCAAAGGCGGAUGCUGGGCGCGGAGCACAACGUCCGUCACCGGCAUAACAGUCAUCGGGGUGAUUUACUGCAGCAGUCUCUCUGCCCCACUCUUCCGGUCCAGGAAAAGGACGGCAGGGACAAGUUCAGGUGUCGCAAGCGAAAGAAGCGAAAGAAGAGGAAACGGAAGUGCCGAGCCGGCGAGAAGCCGGGUCCGCAGUGUCAAGUGGCGGAGGAAAACGGCGACGGCGUUGUCAGCGGAGUCGGUGGCGGAUUCGGUAGCGUGAACGGGACUGGCUCGGCGAGCAGGGGCGAAGGUCUGCGCUCGAACGGGACUACCCCGGAGUCGAAGCGGUCCUGCGAGGGCGCCGCGAGCGAGGAAACCUGCCGAAGGGAGGCGCUCACGGUGCCGUCGAAGAAGCGGAAGCUGCGGGUGGACGAGGCGGCGGCCGGCGACGCUGCGGCCGGCGGCAGGAACGUCACCGCGAGCAACGGUAAGAACAAAGCACCAGCGUCAAGCGCAAAAAAAGUAGGCGCCGCUGGCAGCAUCAGUCAGAGUAAAAAGCCUAAUUUGACGGACGGGAAUAAGAAAAAGAAGAAGGGGCCACCAGCGAGGAGGACCCAGCCAGCGGCACCUCUGGCCCGGAAGAGGUACUCGGCUGGCAGACCGGACAGCGGCAGCACGUCUGCGGCGCCGACGGCAACUUCCGCAUCGAUCUCCGCAACGUCCUCCUCCUCUUGGUGGUCUCCUGGUGCCUCAACCGCCCCUUCAGGGAGAGGAGCCUCGCCUAGGCGCAGGACCAAGCCGGCCUCCCCGAGGAACGAGGGUGUCGGCUCCUACGCCGUGCCCGCCAAUCCGCGUAGAGUAGGCAAAGCGAACGCGAGAAACCGCGCGAAGGCCACGUUGAACCGCGGCGCCGUCGUCACCGUCGCCUACGACGGUCCUACCACGGUCCACGGUCAAACCCCUCGAUCGUCGACCACGAAAGUUCCUCAGACCGUUUCCGAUCGAUCUUUCCAAAGCUCGAGCCUGUCCUCCGCGGAACUAGCCGAGGAGGACACCUCGAAAUCGUUGCCCGAGUCCCUCGCCGUCGACGACGACACGUCCUCGACGACCUCGAACGAACACGCGACCACCACGAUAGAUUCGACGUCGGCCGUCUCGAUCGACGCCACCGGCACCCCGACGACCACCGUCAGAACGAUUGACGACGAGUCGAAGUCGGUCGAGGAGACCGACGAGUUGGAGGACGCCGACAGGUUCGACUCGCCCGAAACUGCUCGCUACACAACGCCGGAGGCCUCGAUCGAGAGACUGGCCAUGUAACGCGGGAAUCAUUGUAAACUCACGUGUAUAUAGUAAUACAUGCCACGCUACGACUUACGAUAUUACCGCAUAUCUCGCGUAUGUAUGUGUACGACGAUUGCGUGCGACUCACGUUUCCCGAGCGAGCUUCGCGUGUUCCGGAAGCGAGGCGAAUCGAGAUCGAGCUCUUCGGGGUUUUUCGCUGUACGUCAUUCGGAUUUCAACGAGGGUGUAUGUGCCCGGAAUUAGGCUGAACAGCUUUGGGUAAUAUGCACGGAUAAGGAGAACGCGCGGUUGUAGGCAAAAUUGUGUUGCGAUCGAUUCUUCGUUGAAGAACUAUAGGGUAGUUGUUGAAAGAAUCUCGAACUUGUUUAUUCGGAACGAUAAAUGAACUUUCUGAACGGUAAAUGAAGUUUCUGAUCGGUUCGAGUUCAUUGGAAAUUUGUUACAGUGGGGCCACGAGCAUUAGACGAAUGUGUUUCUUAUUUAAUUUGUAUAAAUAAUGUAAUGUACAAUUUAAUGAAGGAUAUUAAAGUGUACGGGUUGAUUCGCGGAAAUGUUUCAAUACGUGGCGACGUUAUUAAUGCUUUUACGAAAAUGUGCCAAAGAAGAAAGAUAAAUGGCUGAAAGAGCGCUGCAUCUGUAGGCACUUAGAUUUGUUUCAAUACAUCAGCGCAUGUGCAAUUGACAAUUGCAUCAUUUCUUCAAAUGGAAAUGCAUAUCUUUUUAUUGCACGGAUCGAUUGCUCUGUUGUUUCUACAUCAAGAAUUAUUAGGGUAUCGUGACGAAAAUGUGAUUAAUUCUCGAGGUAUUUUCAAAAAAUGUCUUUAUUGAUGAAGAUGAUCGAACGCUUCUUCAUUACAUUGUAAACAUUUCUGAUAACGUCUUUUUUAUUGUUUUCAUAAUUGCGUUUGAAUUUCUGUAGUCAUUACUGCGCAGAAGCGUUUGAGCAUCUUCUUGAAUAGCGACAUUUUUCGAAAAUAUCUCGAGAAUUAAACAUUUUUUUGUUAAAGAAAGUCUAAUGACCUAUAGAUGAAGUGCUCUUUGAGCCAUAAAUGCGUUAACACUAAACGUAUCACAGUCAAAAUUACCGGUUUUUAAUUUUACGGAAUUUUUUUCGUUGGAAACUAUUGAAUAAAUUACGUUAUUGCAGCAAGUUUUAUAAUUAUAUAACUUUACCGAGCCUAAAUAAAUUCUAUCUUCUCACUCUUAUGAGUCAAAACACACCAGUUACCAUUAUUGCUCUGCAGAUUUAGCGUUAAUAACGAAGUUAUGAUUCGAAACAAUUGCGUGCAUCUCCCUGUAUAUACUUCUUAACCAGUUAACUGUUUUUGAUUAGUACACUCGUCACGAAGUUGUAGUAACAAAAAUGUUGCCAUUUCUUCCUGACAAGUGUAUUAAAUGGUCAAGGAGGAUCUAAUUCUCCUUCAGCUUGCGAAGAAAAAUGGACAAUUUGGAAAGUGGAGAUACGAUUAUUCGAGCCU